GUGAUUUAUAUAUUCACACAAGAAUCCAACACAAUCCACGUGUUUAGUGUUCACUUGAAAAUUCUUUUGGAUUCUUUCUGUUUCAAAUAAAUUUGGAUCAUUUUGUGGAUCAAAAAUGGCUCGUAAUAUUAAAGGUAAAAAAGCUUUGAAAAAACGUCCAACAGCUUAUAUGACACGUAGUGAAGCAUUGCAAAAAUUGCAAUUAUCAUUAAAAGAUUUUCGACGUUUAUGUAUAUUAAAAGGAGUGUAUCCAGUUGAAGCAAAAAAGACAAAAUCACAAAAUACUUCACAUACUAAAACCUAUUAUCUUCGAAAAGAUAUCCUGUACCUUAGCCAUGAACCAAUCAUAUGGAGAUUCUGGGAUUUUAAGAUAUUCAUGAAACGUAUGGCCAAAGCAAAAGGUCGUCGAGACAAGGAAUGGAUACAAAGAAUACGUGAGAAUAAACCAUUCUAUAAAUUGGAUCAUAUUGUCAAAGAACGUUAUCCAACAAUAAUCGAUGCACUUCGUGACAUGGACGAUGCUUUAUCCAUGGGUUUUCUAUAUGCAAUGUUUGGCAAAUCUAAAUCAUUGCCAUUAGAAUUGAUUGAAUUGAGUCGUCGUUUUACAUUGGAAUUUAUGUAUUACGUAAUGGAAACGAAAUCUUUGCGAAAAUGUUUCAUCUCUAUCAAAGGCUAUUAUUAUGAAGCGAAUAUUAUGGGCCAAACAAUACGUUGGAUUGUUCCACAUCAAUUUGUAAUGAAACGUGUUCCGGACGUUGAUUUUCAAGUGAUGAAAACAUUCACCGAAUUUUACGUAACAUUAUUAGGUUUUGUCAUCUAUAAACUUUAUGUUUCAAAUUCAUUCAUAUAUCCACCAAAAUUUUUUGAGAACAAAAAUAUUAAAGAAGAUGAAGAGAAAUCUGAAGAUGAAUAUGAUGAUUCGGAUGAGAUUAUUGCUGCAUUGAAUCAUCCAUUGAUUAAUCGAAAUGAAUCGGAUAAUCAAAUACUUGAUGAACAAUCGAAAAUUGAUAAUUUUGAAACAGAAUUAGCCAAUGAUGAUGAUGAGAUUAAAUUCGGUUCAUCAGUGAUGACAUUUCAUCAGCUACAAAAAUUGCAGAAUUUAUUUGCCGGAUUAAAAUUCUUUAUCAAUCGUGAAGUACCACGUGAAGCACUUUGUUUUGUUAUACGUUCAUUUUCCGGACAAGUUUCAUGGGAUCGAAAUCUAUUCAACGGUGCUACAUUCAAUGAAGAUGAUGAAAGCAUUACACAUCAGAUUGUUGAUCGUGAAAUUCCUAAACGUUUCGUUAAUCGUUAUUAUAUUCAACCACAAUGGAUUUUUGAUUCAAUUAAUUCCCGUAAAUUAUUACCGGUUCAAAAUUAUUUUAUCGGUACAAAACUUCCACCACAUUUAAGUCCAUUUGUUGAGGAAAAAGUAGGUGAUUAUAUUCCACCGGAAAAAGAAAUGUUUGAAAAUCCUCAACAACAACGUAUCAAUGACGAAAACGAUGAUGUUGAUAGUCAAAUGGAUGAAGAUGUCGAUGAUGAUGAUGAUGAUGAUGAACAAGCAGACGAAAUUGACAACGAUGACAACGAAGACGAAGAAGAACAACAACAGCAACAAAUGAUGGUGAAAAAAGGUAAACCAAUCGAAAUGAAUCGAUUUAAACAGAGCAAACAGAAACAGGAUGAAGAAAAACGUUUACGUGUAAUGAUGAUGCCAAAGAAGAGGAAAAAACUUUAUGAUUUAAUCAUUAAAAGCCAGAAAAAACAAAAUCGUGAAACAGAAAGAUUACAACGUAAACGACAAGACUAUGAUGAACGUCAACGGCGACAACAAAAAUCAGCUGUGAAUAAUAAAAAAAUGAAACAAAAUUGAUGAAUUUUUUUUCUGAAUUUUAUUUUUCAU